AUGGCGGACGAAUUGUUCUCCAGUCGUUUGGUUAUCAAAAUUGAUGAUCUGUUGAAAGUGCACAGAGUCGAGAAGCAACGAAUUGAAUUUAAGGCAUCAUGGAAUACAGGCGGUACAUCAUGGCAAAUCCUACACUCCAUCACUGCAUUUGGGAAUGAUUUCCUAAAUGACAAUGGUGGUUACAUCGUUAUCGGAGUUGAAGAUGGACCUUCAGAUGACGAUCAAGUUCAAGUUUGUGGCGUACCCCAGCGGGAUCUUGACAAAAUACAGAAACAAAUUCAAGCACUUUGUAAAGGAAACAUCAGACCUCUAUAUUAUCCCAUACUUUCUCCUGAGAUUUACAAUGAGAAGCAUGUACUUGUGAUCUGGGCUACGGCAAGCGAUAGCGGCCCUCACGAAUGCAGAGAGAGCCCCAAGGGAGAGUUCCAGUUUUACAUACGAAGAGGACCGCAAACUAUUAAGGCUUCACAGGACGAAAAAAGACAGUUACUAUUGGAUCACAACAAAGCACCUUUCGAUGACAGGAUUGCUCGGCAUCCAGGUAAGAAAUCAAUACUUUUCUAUUCAAUUCGAGUUAUGAGUUCAGACUUUUAGUCUCGCCUUUUUUCCGAACGCGACAUUACAUAAACUCCAGGUUUAGAACUUUAGUUUCCAGUGCAAGAAAACGCAAAUUUAUUACUAACGCUUUCGUUGUUCCGCUUGCUCAGUCACAAUUUGCGCCAAAUAUAUAAUUUGAUUGACAUACGGUCUGAAGCAUGGUGAAAGCGCCAAAUAUAUGAUUUGAUCAACAUGCGUCUGAAGCAUGGUGAAAGACAGACUGUAUUAUUGUGCUCUUAUUAGAAAACCUAGGCAGUGCAUUCUGUCUAAAGAGAGAAGUGAUAUGAAAACAGAUUUCUGGUUGACGACGUCGACCUAAAUGGUCGAUUCCUGUGGUAAAGCUAAUUAGAUUGAUAACGAUGCUAUGUUUUAUACGCUUGUGGUCAUGAUGAGAAGUAAGUUGCAGUGCACAAUGUGCACGGCGAUACUUCCUUGGCCCUCGUCUAGAUUAUUUUGUGUGAACUAGUUCUAAGGCCCGCUCUUGUUUCUAAGUGUGGCGCUCUCGCUUCGUUUUCCUUCCGCACCGUAAAGAUACAACUUACUAUUUAUAACAAGACUGGGUGCAGGGUCAGUGGUCUGUGAAGGAGUGAGGCUACCCAGGAGCAUGUAGAUCUUGUACACGGUUACAUAACCUGUUAGGUAUCUGAAAAUCGAAGUUGAUCAAACUUACUAAUGCUUAUAAUUCAGUCAUGGACCAGAAAGUCACGCUUAGCUGAAGCCAAAGAAAUUGAUUCUUCAUGUUUUACAGACGGCGGUAAAGACCUGUCUGAGGACGACAUUGAUUCAGACCUCCUGCAAAAAUUCCUAAAAGACAUCGGGAGUAAUAUCCAACAUCAAGAUCUCGCUCAUCCUAGACAGCUUUACAAAAAUAUGAAAUUGGUAAAGGUGAUCGCGCAUACAGAGAAAGAAGGCAAACUAAUCGAAAAAUUAGUUCCUCGAAAUGUGUCUCUGUUGUUCUUUAGUCAAACUCCUGAUGAGUACUUCAGAGGAGCACAAACAGACAUCACGAUAUACAAUGCCGACGGUGAAAUUACACAAGACAUGAAAAGGAAGGGACCGAUUGACAAUCAGAUCAGUAAGGUAAUAGAUUUCAUUUUGAUGGAAACCAAAGAUGAAGAAUCGCCAUCUUUUGUUCAAUAUCCCAAGAAAGCCCUUCGAGAGGCAGUUGUCAAUGCCUUCUAUCACAGGGGAUAUGAAUCAGAACAUUGCGAUCCCGUGAAAGUGCGUAUUCACACCACUCACAUAGACAUCAUAAGUUAUCCUGGUGCGCAUCCAAGCCUUAAGCCUUCACACUUCUUAGAAGACAGUGAUUUUCCUCCAGUAAGGACAAGGAACAGACGAAUUGGCGAGUUCCUUGUGAGUAAAAAGCUGGCUGAGGAGAAAGGGACAGGUGUAAGAACUAUUUACCACACAAUGAAAGGAAACGGAAAUUUCACGCCUAAAUUCCUGUUUGAUGAAACGUACUUUUGCGUUCGAUUGCCAAGACAUCCCAAUUUCAUGGUGCGCGAAAUUCUUCAAUUAACAACCACGCUUAAAGGGAGGGGUGAGAAGAGAAUGGCUAUAGAAUCACUUUUAAAAUUUCUAGAGAGAAAUCCAGGAAUUCGAUGCGAUAGCUUGUUCCAGAAAUUGAUGGAGCUGCACGAUAACGACAGGAAUCAUCCUAACGUUGAGAAGUACAAGGAAUUUGUCACUGAUCGCUUGGAACGAAAGGCUGCUUUGGCACCAGAGCUUGACGAAUGGUCUAAAAACCCAUUGGACAUAGAGAAGGGUGUCCAAAUCGUGAAAAGCCUUGUAAAAGAAGGUGCGACCGCUGAGGAUCUGAGAAAAGCGACCAAAAUUGCUGUCGACAUUUUAAAAGAAGAGCAUCUUGAACAACAAUUAACCUUAGUGGCCAACCAGAAAGCGCACCAGCUUAUCCAGGCAAUGGGUAGUGUGGUCAAAACAGAUGCAUAUCUGUCUUACCAUUUUGCAAAAUGUAAACUCACUUUAUUUUCAACGAACACAAGAGCUAGGAGUUUAAAGGAACGAUAUGAAUUUUCUUCCUAUCUCACUGAAGCCAGAGACUGUGCCGACGAUGCCGUGCGACUGACUAGUGAGGACAACAACCUCCAUCUUGCGAAUGGAUUUCGCUUACUGGGAUAUAUCCAAUCACGACUCCGAACCUUAAAGAAGGCAACAAUAGCCGACAUUCAGAAGUGUUACGAUGAGGCCAGAAGGUACAAUCCAAAAAUACACAUUAAUGUAACGUUCAUACCGCCAGAUUUAAGGGGCCGUUAUAAAGUACCAGAAUAGGACUCCAUGCUUCAUCGAUGAACGAGAGAAUACGAGCCUUUUAACUCAUGUGACUACAAUUUCACAAAAAGACCUAGAGAUCUAGACUUAAAGGCUACCGCAGAAAAUUAAGUCCUAAAAGUUAGGGGGGCUGUUUGGGUAAUUGUUUUUUGAGCUGUCUCUACUUAUAGCGUUAACUGUUUCUUCACAUCAAAAAUACCACCAUGUCGCUUUUCUUUUGUUAAUCACAUCAUAAAUGAAAGGAAAUCUCCAGGUAGUGUUGUUGGUAGCAAAGUUGAUUCGCAGUGAUAUAAAUAAUGAUUGAAAACUAAGGUUAUAAGAUAAAAGACUGGGGCCCACUGAAUAGGAAAAUAUAACAAGGUAUGGUCCGUUAAGAUUUAUUUCAGUAGGGAAGCUGUUCCUUUUAGCGUUGAUUGACGGUGUGGAAAGCAAUGUACCCUUUGAUGCCAGUUUAUGUUAAAACUAGAUUUAAUCACUUGUUAGGAG